GAGGUUCAGAAAUAUUCUCAGAUGCUACUCCUAGCAAGUUAUUAUUAUAGCAAACAAAUUCACAGUAGCAGGACUUUUUAGAAGUUUGAGAAGCAGUGGGAACAAAAGACAGGAACGUGUGGGAUCUUAAGGAGCAGCUUUUAAAGGAUGAGAGCGGAGAUGUGUACUUGAUGUAGAAAGAGUGGAUAUACAUUAAGGCUUUGUUUCUAUGCAAUUUACCUUGUUUAUGCAGUGGUGGUUCAAGUGAUUAAGGCUCUGGGUUGUUGAUCGGCGGAUCAGGGUUCAAGCUCCAGCACCACCAAGCUCUACUGUUGGGCAACUGAGGAAGGUAUUUAACCCUCCCUGCUCCAGGGGUGUUGUAUCAUAGCUGCCCCUGUGCUCUGACCCCAACUUCCUCAGCUGGGAUAUGUGAAGAAAAGAAUUCCACUGUGCUAUAAUCAGGAGGCACUGUGAGUGAAAAUGAAGUCCCUCAGCUGGUGCAUACCCUUCACCCUUCUUCUCGCAUCCCUCACCCUUCCCUCACAAAGUGCAGAGAAUCCUGGAAGGAAAAAGGUAAAGGAUCCUGAGGCAUCGUCAUUUCAUGGAGGCAGCUGGAGGAGGCAAGGUUCACGAGGCGUGUUUUCCCAUAAAUCUUUCCAGCCUGAAGAUGACGGAGUGGGUCUGGAGGGUCUGAGCCCGGUCCGUCUGGAAAUAGGGCCAGGAGAUUGGGAUAGGGAAAGAGGCAUAAGGCACACGAGAGGGCCCAAGCAGCAUCAAGGAGGAGAGUUCCAGCGCAAAGGCAGGAAAAAUGGCCAAGUGGAGGGCAAGAAACAUGGACGCAAGGACAAAGCACAUGGCCAAGGGUUCUUCCAUGACACUGGAUUUGGCUCUUCGAUGAGAGAUGUUGACGAAACCUAUGCCCGCUUGUCCAAUCGUGAAGCUGCUGCACUCGCAGAAGGCCCCGCCUCUCGCAUACCGGUAGCCACAGCAAUGCCUGAGCAUCCACCGACUCGCGCCCCGACCUCCACUAAACCACAGAAGGCAGGUCAAGGAAAAGCUCAAGAUGAAGUGUUUCCUACUUUGGACAUGGCGCUUUUUGACUGGACAGACUAUGAGGACAUGAGGCCUGAGGACAGCUGGCCACCCAACAAGAAAAAAGACAAGCGGCGCAGCAAGAACAUGAGCAGUGGCAACACUACCGUGCCCACAGAUGAUGUCGAACCAUGUGACCAUCAUCUCGACUGCCUGCCUGGGUCUUGUUGUGAUCUCAGACAUCACGAGUGCAGCCCAUAUAACCGUGGUCUGAACAACAAGUGCUACGAUGACUGCAUGUGUAAAGAAGGUCUCCGUUGCUACGCCAAAUUCCACCGCAAACGAAGGGUGACCCGGAAACGUGGCCGCUGCGUGGAACCCGAUUCGGCCAACAGCGAGCAAGGAGCCUUCAUCACGAUCUGACGAGAGAGAUGGAUAGAGAGAGAAAGACGGAGAAAGAAAAGCCCAUCAUGACCCUACAACCCUGUACCUCCUUCUAAAAGACUUCAGAUGGACUGAAUCUGAAUGGAAAAAUUUAGCGAGUUAAAAAAAUAUACGAAUCUGACCAACUCGCUUGGGUGUUAAAGUGCACUGUGUUCCAACGUCACUCACACUGUACAUAUGAUUUUGUGUCUAAACUGGACAGGAAGUUGUUUUUGUUAACUGAGAAUGCUGAAAACCUUUUGCUGUAAUAAUUACAUUGGUGUGUAAAAAAUUUUAUUUUUUAUCAUUUUUUUUUUUUACUUAUGCUGCACCUACUUGUCAUUGUAAAAUACCAAGAAUAUGUUGAGUUCAGAACCAUGGUCAAUUUAUGUAAUAUUUCUUACAAUUAAAUGAUUAUAAAAAUAAUUAUCGGAAUAUUUCGACCCUUUGUAAACAUUUGAAUUGAUUUUUAUAAAAAUUAAUUCAUUUAAUUUCAGGAGUAAUUUGCCAUUCGUUUUUUUUGUUAGGAAAUAAAUGCCUGAAUAAAGGAGAAAAAUUAACAAUAUUAUUUUGAUGUCAUAAUAAGAUGACGUAAAUUGAUCAGUGUUUAUUGUAUGUUUAAUGUACUGCAGUGUAGGAAAAAGAGAACGGUGUAUAAAAGGAUAGAUGCGUAAUUUUCUUCUUCCUUCAGUGAUAUGUUUUGCCUUCAUGGCUUUAUUUUAAUGCAGGGCUUUUUUUUCUUUUUCUUUUUUUAGGUGACCAUCUGGACAUUAUUUGGUCCGUUGAAUACAGCUCAAACGUAUUCUGUGUGGGUUUUUUUUUCUAACUUCAAUGUCCUAAUUAAACUAACGCAAUUAACAA